AACAAAAUGGAGAGGGUCCAAAGUACAAAUCUACACGCUUACAUCCUUAUUGCAAUAGCCCUCUUCUUGUCUUUAUCAAGACCAUCUCAUGCAACAAAACAAUUCAAUGUGUUGAGCUUCGGAGCUAAACCUAACGGUAUGGUUGACUCAGCUCCAGCUUUUGUCAAGGCAUGGGAUGCAGCGUGCGGGUCCACUGAUGCAGCCGUUAUAUACGUGCCAAAAGGACGGUAUCUGGUUAGCCCUGUUCGUUUCAAUGGUGUGGGUUGCAAGAGUCUUAAUAUUGUCUUCAGGAUCGAUGGUACUCUUGUUGGUUCGGAGGAUUACAUGUUUCUUGGGAAAGAAGCAAACUGGCUCAGCUUUGAACGAGUCAGUGGAGUUUCCGUUAUCGGUGGUUCUCUCGACGCCAAGGGACCCUCGUUAUGGUCUUGCAAAGCUUCAUCUAGCAACAACUGUCCAGCUGGUGCUACGACAAUGAGUUUUGUGGAGUGCAGUAGAAUCAAUGUGAAGGGAGUACUAUCACUGAACAGCCAAAUGUUCCACAUUGUCAUCAACCGAUGCCGUGAUGUUAAGCUCGAUGAUAUUCAAAUCGUGGCUGAUGGAAAAAGUCCUAACACAAAUGGCAUCCAUGUUCAGCUAUCGACCAAUGUUGAGAUCCGCAACGCUUCCAUCAAAACCGGUGACGACUGUAUCUCCAUUGGCCCUGGAACCAAGAACUUGUGGGUCGAACGAGUCACAUGUGGCCCUGGUCAUGGAAUCAGCAUUGGGAGCUUGGGAAAGGAUAGAGAAGAAGAAGGAGUUCAAAAUUGGACGGUGAAGAAUGAAUCGGGAGUGAGGAUAAACGAUGUAAUUUUUUAUCAAGGCAUAAGAGGAACAUCAGCUACGAAAAUUGCUGUAAAAUUGGACUGCAGUUCUAAAACUCCAUGCACACGUAUAAGAAUGAAGGACAUUAAUUUGAGAUAUGCUAAUGAAGCUGCCCAAUCUUCAUGUGUCAAUGUCCUUGGUGACAGUACUCUUGGUAAUUUGGUCAAACCCCAAGCCUGCUUCUAAUUCUCAUUCAAUUCAAUGAAGAUCAUAAAGAUACAAUGAUGGGGUUGAAAAGAUAUAUGUACAUUUGAAGAAACCCAAUUAAAAUUUCAUUCACAAGUCUAUCUAAUUAGAUCUUCUUAUAUUAAUAGUAAGGAGUCAUAUCAUGAUAUCUUUAGUUGUUUGUUAUACUUCAGUUGUUGUUCCAAGUUUG